AGCCAGUUAGAGUGGUUUCACUGCAUUUAAAGGCAAAUUCUCAUCUUAUGCAGACGGAUCUGUAACUGCAGCUGAUAAGAAACUUUACAUUAGUGGCAUCCAUCUGGAUAAAGAAGGCUGGACGGUCAGGUGUUAGAGCUCUUUGAAUCACUGUGAUCUCAUGCAUUACCUGUCAUCUGUUCUGAAAGUUGGCAGCUGCUUGAUUAAUGCUGUUAUGUGCAUGGGUACGGAUUAGUGGAAAUCACAUACUCUGAUCACAGGCAAUACGGAAUGUAAUUUUUCCUAAUUAUAUCUGGACAUUUCUCGAUUUUGGAUUACAAAUAAUUUUUUGGUGCGAUUCCGGAUUUACGCAGCCCCUGUGCAUUCUUCAGUACUGGACUACAACUUAUUUUACACAGUUCUCCCUGCAGAAUUUUGCAACAUUGAUCCCAAAAUUGGUAGAUCUGAAUUCUUUCUGCAUGAGACUUGACUGUUUCCAUCUCCACCACUGCACAAGUACAAUUGCCUGAUCCUUCUGUGGAUUGCUCCACACCAUCUUCUUUUAUACCUUCCUUCUAUCUCUCAUUGUCACACAGUUCUCUGAUUUGGAUUUAAAAAAAGACCAUGCGGACCCCAGCAGCGAUGAUCGUUGGCAUGGUUCUGGCUCCAUGCGGGUUGGUGUUGAACCUCACUUCUACUGUGGCCCCAAACUGGCGAUCACUGAGUGGUUUGACUGAUAAACCUACUGACGUAGUACAGACUCAAGGAUUAUGGGAUAUAUGCCAAGUGACGGUCACUAAUCAGAAUCUACAGUGUGGGCUGAGCAACACCAAUUACUUCAGUCUAAAAGUAGUACAGGUUGCCCAGGGAUUAAUGAUUACCUCGCUGAUUGUCACUGGGCUGGGCAUUGCAUUGGCCUCAUGGGGUGUGCGCUGUUGGGAGGAUAUACCCAAUUUCCUUGUGUCAGGAUUUGGCGGUGUGGUGAUCUUCAUCUCAGGAAUUCUCAGCUUGAUCCCUGUCUCUUGGUAUACCUCCCAGAUGUACAACAUGUUGUCCACUGACUCUGGGGAAACUAUCACAGCAGGUUAUGCUCUAGUGCUGGGGUACCUGGGCAGUUGCUUUGAGAUUAUAGCAGGAUUCUCACUUAUGCUCUGCUUUGUGAAUCCCUGCAAGAAAUGCAUAAAAACCCAGGGCAAAACCACAUCCUCUAUGUACUAUAGCAAAAAGCAAACCUCCAACAAAAUCACAAACCCCAGCCAUAUCAGCCACAUCAAUACUAACUCUCCCCACGUGGACCGUUACCAGGAUACAUUUGGCUACAGCAUAGGCAAUGAUAACUACCAGCAUGGGGAUGGGAGUAGAAGAACCAAUUCAGUGGCGGAUUUCCCUAGAUCUUACACCAACCCCAUGGAUGUGACCGCAGGGGAGCACUCUAAUCGUUAUGGCAGGCCUGCAAGUCAGCUGAGCUCUCUGCCUUGUGACUCUGACCUGCUGUAGAUGUUGAUGUGCUCUCCACACAUGGAUGCCUCUAUUGUUUUGCACACAAUAUAUAACUAAUGAUAUGGGUGCCAUAAUCCUGAACUCUAAGGAAUAAUGAAGGAGCAUUUGGUUCUGAAUCUGCAAUUGUUUAUUUUAUAUACCUAUAGAUAUAUAUUUUACAUACAAAUAUUUUAUGAGUUUUGAAGACUACAAAUGAAGUUCAAAAGAGCUCUGCUUUGUUAGACAUAAAAUGUUCAAACAAUUGCUUUUUUUCAGUACAACAUGCCUUACUUAUCAUAUGUUACCUUAUAUGUUAUAUACUGUUUGUCUUUCUAUUGUGCUAUAAUGAGUGUUUGUUUAAUCAGGUGCAAUAUUUCUUUUAAAUUUAUUUUAUUGUUCAUUAUUUUCAUUUUAGUGCAAAUACCUUUUGAAUGCCUUGAUUUGCUUGCAUGCUGCAUUAGAUGCAUGUGAGUGAUUAGACUGUGGGCCUAAUUCAGACCUGAUCGUAGAUGUGCUAAAUUCAGCAUAUCCACGAUCAGCUUCCCUGACAUGCGGGGGGGGGGGG